AAAUUCCAUGGCUUCUUCUGGAUUUCCUGACAUAUUUUCAUGGAUUCAGAGCCUUCCACCAAUCUCUCAAUGGCCACCAAAAAGUUCCAUCGUCUCCAUCUCCUUAUGCUCCUCUUCAACCUCAUCUCAACCACCUCUCAAACUUUCCAUAUCUAAAAACCCUCAAACUCCAACUCUCUCCUUCUCCAUAGUCGCAGACUACAAUCUCCCUAUUGCGCUUUGGACCUCGAAACACUUCAAGUAUAGCCCCAGUAAUAUCAAGCCUAUAAAUCAAGAAAUCAUUUCGAUUCUCCUAGUCAAUGUCAUUGAAGAUGUCCUUCACUAUGGAUCAAAGAAGAAUAACUUCUUGAUCAAGUUUCUCAAGCUAGACACCAUUCCCAACUUGGAAGAAGUCUUCAACCUCUCACUUCUCGCUCUUGUGUUCCUCGUUUGCAUCUACGAAGCCCCUGCAGCCCUUCGCUCCAGAUGUCUCAACAUUCUCAAGAAUUACUUGGCAGAUUGCUGGUCAAGACAGGCUUCGAAGUCGCUGAUGAAGCUUUUAGGAUCAAAUUUGGAAGAGGAAUGGAUGCGGUCCAUGAACCUUGCGAUUACUAAUUGGAUUGUGGAACACCAAGCAGAACAGAGAACCCUCAAAACACCAUCACCACUUUUCUCUUACGCAAUUUCGACAUUUGGGUUGUGGAAAGUGCAGUUGUAUUGUCCUGUCAUAGCCAUGGACAUUGAAAAAUCUAGCAGCCCUUCUUCUGGUGAUGAGAGGCUGCAAUUCUCUCUGAAUUACCACCAGCUUGAGGGUGUUCUUCAGUUCAAUUACAAAGUCAUAGUGAAAGAGAGGUGGAUUGAUGUGAUGCUAAACGUUGAUAACAUAAGGUGUGAUAUUGUUAGGCUUGUGAAUGAGACUUUAAUGAGGGAACGAGGCGCCGGGACAGGUGAAAAGCACUUCCCAUCAAGGAUCUCAUUACAAGUUACUCCAACUCGACAAGCCAAUGUGGCGAGUGUUUCAGUGAGCAAGUCUUCCGAGAACCCUGCAAGAGAGAUUGGCAAAGAAAAGGGCAUAGAGGGUUCGUUCGAACCCCCAAACCCUUACUUGGCAAUCAGGGUAGCUGCUAAUGAGACCAUAACAAUGAGCUUGAAGCCGUGGAAGUUUGAGGAAUCCGUGUACGGUUACAGUGCAAAUCUGAAUUGGUUUCUCCAUGAUAGUGUGGAUGGAAGGGAGGUCUUCUCUUCCAAGCCAUCAAAGUGUAAACUGAUCAACCCCAAGUCUUGGUUCAGAGACAGGUACUCUAGUGCUUACAGGCCCUUCACUAGGCAAGGAGGAGUCAUAUUUGCUGGUGAUGAGUAUGGAGAGGGUGUGAUGUGGAAAGUGGACAAGGCUGCCAUGGGAAAGACUAUGGAAUGGGAAAUUAGAGGGUGGAUUUGGUUAACUUAUUGGCCUAACAAACAUAGAACAUUCUAUACUGAAACUAGGAGGCUGGAGUUUAGGGAAAUCCUCAAAAUUACAAUAGCUUAAAUAAUCUUUGAGUGGUUUCUCAUAAUCCCUAUUCCCAUAUGAUGGAGGACUUGUAACUCUAGUGUUAAUAAAGCUAACACAGACACAAGUGACACAACCUAUUGAGGCAAGCCAGCUCAAAUUGCCUGCUGAUCCUAUUGUCUUCUAUUCUUUUGUUGUACCAAAAAAAAAUUGUAUGAAAUUGAUUGAUCUUAUUUGUUGAUUUUCCUUUUGAACAUAUUAUCAUAUAUGCUACGAUCGUUAGAUUGGAAUCGAAUUACAUGAGAGAUAUUACA